CGCCCCGUGGCUGUUCCUCCGCUGAGGCGGGGCGGAGGUAGCCAUGGCGGCUGUCAGCGAUGUGCAGCGGCUACAGGCCCGGGUGGAGGAGCUGGAGCGCUGGGUGUACGGGUCUGGCGGGCCGCGUGGCUCGCGGAAGGUGGCUGAUGGCCUGGUCAAGGUACAGGUGGCUUUGGGGAACAUUGCCAGCAAGAGGGAGAGGGUGAAGAUUCUGUACAAAAAGAUUGAAGACCUGAUCAAAUAUCUGGAUCCUGAGUACAUUGACCGCAUUGCCAUACCUGAUGCCUCUAAGCUGCAGUUCAUCUUAGCAGAGGAGCAGUUUAUCUUAUCCCAGAUUGCGCUCCUGGAACAGGUGGAGGCUUUGGUGCCCAUGCUGGACAGCGCUCACAUCAAAGCCGUUCCUGAGCAUGCCGCCCGCCUGCAGCGCUUGGCCCAGAUCCACAUCCAGCAGCAGGACCAGUGUGUGGAGAUCACUGAGGAGUCCAAGGCUCUCCUGGAGGAAUACAACAAGACUACGAUGCUUCUCUCCAAGCAAUUUGUGCAGUGGGAUGAGCUACUUUGCCAGCUAGAGGCCGCCAAGCAAGUGAAGCCAGCAGAGGAAUGAUGGUUGCUCCUCAACCCACAGUGGGCCGGGACAGCCAGUGUCCAGGGCCUGUGCUAACCUGCCUUUGUAACAGGGCAGAGGCAGGUCUGUAUUUAUUGGAGUCACAGCCUACUUGCCCGUAUUCAGGAACUCUGAGAUCAGAAGUCUGGCUACUUGAGAUUUGCUAUUUGCAUCCCCUCCCCACAUCAGUGUCCUAUUCCAGUGACAAUAAACUAUAGAAAUCA